CAACUUGGCUAAUCUGAUUUAUCGCCCGAGUUAAGCACGCCUCAGGUUAGCCGGGAUUACCAACUUUAGUUUUCCCACAUCCAGCGUUUAACGCGACGUGUACCUGACACCAAACAGCCUCACCUCGUCAGGAUGGCAUCGCUCGGGGAGCCCGUGCGGCUGGAAAGGGACAUCAACCGUGCCAUUGAACUGCUUGAUAAGCUCCAGAGGACGGGGGAAGUGCCCCCCCAGAAGCUGCAGGCGCUGCAGAGGGUCUUACAGAGUGAAUUCUGUAACGCUGUCAGAGAAGUGUAUGAACAUGUGUAUGAAACGGUGGACAUCAACAGCAGUCCUGAGGUCCGGGCCAACGCAACAGCCAAGGCUACUGUGGCAGCUUUUGCAGCGAGUGAGGGUCACUCACAUCCACGUGUGGUGGAGCUGCCAAAGACGGAAGAAGGUCUUGGUUUCAACAUCAUGGGUGGAAAGGAGCAAAACUCUCCCAUUUACAUCUCACGGAUCAUCCCAGGAGGCAUCGCUGAUCGUCAUGGCGGCCUGAAGAGAGGCGACCAGCUUCUCUCUGUUAAUGGGGUGAGUGUUGAAGGCGAGCACCAUGAGAAAGCUGUGGAACUCCUCAAAGCAGCUCAGGGCACAGUGAAGCUGGUAGUAAGGUACACCCCCAAAGUCCUCGAGGAAAUGGAGUCCCGCUUUGAGAAAAUGAGGUCGGCGAAGCGCCGGCAACAGAACAACUAUCCCCAGUAGGAUUCUCCCGUGUUGAUGUCCAGCUCCCAUGUCUCUCCUCCUCCUCCUCCUCCUCUAGCCUUCUGGCCAUCUGUUCUGGUCUCUUUCUUAUCUCCCGACCCAAAAAACAUAACAUACAUAAGUCUUAGUUGCCUCUAACUCAUUCCCUACAUUGUGCUUCUACCCUUCUCUGUAGCAUUUUUACUAUUCACCAUUGUUACUGUUAUAGACACUACGACUCUAGACGAACACUAGAAUGAUCACGAUUGUCAGUGUAGGUGGUCUCUCACACGUGUGCAUUAUUUUCAAAUUGACAAUUUGAAUGCAAAGUACUUCUGUGACCAUCUUCAGAGCUUCUUUGACUGGAAAGGUAGUGUUUUUAAUUCUUUUAUCAGCCACUACCAAGUGCCUCAGGGCAAACACCUUCAUCCUAUGUACUGUAUUAACUGUUUUGUUUCUUCUUUCAAAUGGUUUGAAGUCGGGUACUGGUUAUUAAAUGCUUGUGGCAGGAAUCACUACAUGUUCUGCAACUGUUAUUUUUCAAAGAUUGUUUAAGUUGAGUAUAAAAUACAUUUUCAAUUCAACGGCCACUUUAAACACAAGUCCAGAAUAGUUGGAGGAGUUGGUGUCAGGUAAUUUGUUAAAAAACCAUGUUUGAUAACAAGGGAAACCAUUGAAAGGACACAUGUAAUCAACAGAGAUGGAUUAUAUAGGUUUCUUACUCUCGGUUAAGUUUUCUUUGUGUCAUACCACACUGUUAAAAACAUUUCAUUAGGUGCUGUAAGUGAUACAAAGUCUCAGCAAAUCAUGAAGUAAUUCCUGCCAUCAUAGAGACUCAGUUUUACUUUUAUCUGAGUAAUAAACCUUCACAAGCAUAAUCUUUGCAGGCAGAAUGACACAAGAUGAAACCUGUUCAGCUUCUGAUUCCUUUUUCUUGACGUGAAUCAGGAUUUUAUACGUUGUGUUUUUCUCUAGUCAGGUACUGAACAUUUACAUAACAUUUGUCUGUGAUCUUUGCUUACAUCUGCUUGUUAGUGCUGUUUGCGUCAUUUAGUGACGGUACAAAGCAAAGUAAGACAUUCAUUAUAUCGAGCAAUCUCUUUGUUACAGUAAUGUGAGCUGUCAUCAUUGUUUUCAUGAGUGAAAUGGCAGAUGCUGAUAUUGCACACGAUGUUUAUGGCCAAUCAUCAAGACUUUAUACAGUCUUUAGGGCAUUAUGUUGAACAUCUGUUGUUUUUUAACAUUUUAUUUCUCAACGUCUGACUCAAAACAAAAAGUGUGUCUGAAAUGAAGCCUUCGCUACUUUUGGAUUUGUAUAUCUUGGUUUCAUUAAGACCUUUGAAGUGGUUUAUCAUAUCCAUAACAUCAGGACUGGAAUCAGGAUCAACAUUCAAAUAGUGCAACUGGAGAUUUUAAUCAUUUAGUUAAACAAUGACUUAGAACCUACCUGGCUCUGACAAUAUAUUUGUUGCUAUACAGUACCAAGACAUUUCUGUAAUUUCUUUUCAUUAUUGUUAGCAACUGUCUUUGCCCUAUUAAAAUACCCUUCUUUGGAAUAUUUAAUUAUUCAAUUUAAAUUAACAAAAGUAUUUAUUUUAAGACUUUUCUUGCUAUUCCAACAAAGGGAACAUUAAUGUAGUGAUUGUCUGUUCGAAACCCUCCUCCUCAUUCACACUUUCAGCAUGACAACAAACUUUCAUUUAGGAGACUUUUCCACUAGUGUUUUGUUUCCAUGGUAGAGGCAAUAUCCUGUAUAUAGCAAAUAGCAUUAUCCCUCAAACUAGGCUAUAGUUAAGCAAGCCAUACAAUUUUCCAGUCUCAGGAUCAACAAAUCCCAUAGUUGAGACAGAUAGGUGGCAGUUGAGAUAGUUAUUUAUUAAAAGGAAGGAGGAUAAAGUAAUGUAACCAUGUGUGAAAGCAGGAAAGCUUUUAGCUUCGCUGUAGCUUCUGUGUUUCUUUGAAUGGUGUCAUUAACGUCCUGCACUGUUUGUCCUCUGGUGUUGAAGCAUUCUUCAGAAAGGUUGUUUUUUUUUAAAGCCCUGUACUGUUAAAUGGACAUCCCGUCAAGUUUGUCACUUUCAAAGUGUUUUGGCACCAGUUGUCAAGACUUGACACGAUGACGAUAAACAGCUGCACAGCUAUUGUGACCGAGGCGUCUGAAAUGAUGUCACUGAUAGUUUCCAUUCGCUUGUGUGAUGAAGUAAUUCCAACGCUUUUCUUGCUGUUUUUCAUUCAUUGUUUUGGUUUUUUCACCAUCUCCUAACAUACAUGAAGGUUCAACUUACUGUUACAUUUUCAGUCAAUUUCUCCAGAAACUGUAAAUAGCUUACUAAAAGGUGUUAAAGUCCAUAGGUAGAUUUUAGCAUGAAAUUAUUUAUAUUGUUUUCACCAGAAUAUGAGUGUGUGUGUGUGUGUUUCAGGGAUCUGGAAAAUGUCCUUAAAUGGGUUGCAUCACUGAAUGUUUAAAAAAAGAAAACCUUGUCAGUUCAAGAUUAGGGAAAUAUUGGUUGUUGUUUUUCUACAAUAAAGUCAGUUUAAUUCGG